CAGACGCAACUCUUCAAGGUCACUGAGAUAAAAAGAACAUCUACAAUUAAACUCACUUGCUGUCAAAGAAUUUUCAACAGGUACAAUAGAAGUUGACUGUAAUAGGUACUUUGUAUCCAUUAAUUUUUCCAUUAUUAAACUAAUUUCUUUCCUUCCUACUAAUUCUGAAACUUACCAGUUACUUCCAUAGGCUACACUGACAAUAUAUUUCUUGUUCUCCUGUCACCUUGCCCACUGCUUUCCCUUUACCUCCCUCCCCACUCUUCUUACUACAGAUUAUAAACACUGAAAAACUAUGGACCCAAGCAACUAUAGUACUUUGCAUGUUUUUAUCCUGCUUGGCUUCUCUGACCACCCUCACCUGGAAAUGAUCCUCUCUGGAGUUGUCACCUUCUUUUACAUUGUUACACUGGUGGGUAACACUGCUAUCAUUCUUGCAUCCCUCCUGGAUCCCCAUCUCCACACACCAAUGUACUUUUUCCUCAGGAAUUUAUCUUUCCUGGAUCUAUGUUUCACAACAAGCAUUGUCCCUCAGAUGCUGGUUAACUUGUGGGGACCUGAAAAGACCAUCAGCUCUGUGGGCUGUAUUGUUCAGCUCUACGUGUAUAUGUGGCUGGGCUCCAUUGAGUGUCUGCUCUUGGCUGUCAUGUCCUAUGAUCGCUUCACAGCUAUUUGUAAGCCCCUGCAUUACUUUGUAAUCAUGAAUCCACGUCUGUGUGUCAAGAUGAUAGUCAUGGUCUGGGGUAUUAGUUUGGCCAACUCUGUAGUAUUAUGCACACUCACUGUGAAUUUGCCUCGAUGUGGACACAACCUCCUGGACCAUUUCCUGUGUGAGCUGCCAGCCAUGGUCAGGAUAGCUUGUGUAGACACCACAACAGUUGAAAUGUCUGUCUUUGCUCUAGGCAUUGUCAUUGUCCUUACACCUCUCAUCCUUAUUCUUAUUUCCUAUGGCUACAUAGCCAAAACUGUGCUCAACAUGAAGUCAAAGGCAGGGCAACAAAAAGCAAUGAAUACCUGUGGAUCUCAUCUCACUGUGGUCUCCAUAUUCUAUGGAAGUAUUAUCUACCUGUACCUACAACCUGGUAACAGGGCCUCUAAGGACCAGGGCAAAUUCCUCACCCUCUUUUACACAAUUAUCACUCCAAGUCUCAACCCCCUCAUUUACACCCUAAGAAACCGAGGCAUGAAAGAUGCACUGAAAAAACUCAUGAGAUUUUACCACAGAUUUUCAGAAUUACGCAGAAACUAGAAUCCAUGGAAAAGCAGUAGAGAGAAGAAAGCAACAAAGAAAGCUCUCCGGUUCAGAUUUGAAUAAGGAAAGUAAUCAGUGGGUCUUAAAGACCAACAGCUAAAGUAAUUCUCACAUACAGACCUUGUACGGAUAUAAACAAUUGGGAACACUGAGUAGAUUUUUCAGGUUUCUAACUACUAGCAUAUUCUUGGGGAAUACAUAUCACCUGCUUGCUAAAAUGGUGCAAACAAUUUUCAGGGAAUAGAAAGGACUCAGCAUGUAAACAUGAAUGCAUUUUAAUUUCUUUGGGAGCCCCCAUGGAAUCUGCUUUGUUUCCUUGUAUAGUUUCAACGGCAAUGCUAAAAUAUUCUAAGAUACUGACCAAAACAAAUAUACAUGGCAUUUUGUACAUUUAAAUAACAGUAUACAAGUAAUAUGAAGUGUUCAUUUGUCUGUUUUUUAGAUUGAUUUUAAUGGAGCCAAGCAGCUGAAAUUGACCAUUAUCUCUUAAUCCUCUUGUCUCAAGCUCCCAAGUGAAAGAAUUACAGGUGUGCGCUACCACACCCAGUAUAUGUUACAGGCAUA